AUGAGCGACACGUCUGAUAGGGAGGCAACUUCAUCAAUCACCCUCGGUCGUAAAGUCCUUCCUUGUCCAUGGAACGAGGUGCCUUCUACCACGCCCAUUCAUUCUGAACUGGAAAAUCUUGACGAAAGUUCGUUAGCUCAACAAUUACAAACAGAAUAUUGGUGGGUGAACAAAACCCGUGUUAAGGUUGGACCCGACGUAAACAGUAGGUUCAAAGAGAUAUGGCUUUCAUCGUCUUCUGCACAGAAACAUGAGUCUCGUAUCGACCUCUCAGAAUACCAGGUCGUGCGAGAGUGUCUUUGGGUACUAUUGGGUGCUGAGAAAAGUUUCCUUUUUACUUGCUAUACGGAUUCUGAAAUUCUCACUAAAAAUGUAUGCCUUUAUUUUCGUCACCCUGCCUGUCUCACACAUCUAACAUACGGGGCUCUUGAUUCUUUCCUUUAUUCGAUCGCCAAGUACUCGACAUGUGUUUUGCAGAUUCGUGCUUUUACGGAGUUUGUCCUUCUUUCCCCUGUCGGUACUGUGUCGCUCCCGUUCACUCGUCUAGCAGAGUCUUGCUCGCGUCUAAAGGAUGAUUUUUAUCGAGUUAUCGCAUCUAUUGAAAGGGACGCGAGACUGCCACAGGUACCCCCUGUGUCCCUCAUUAAUCUGGCUAACCGGUUGAAGUCUUGGUUCCGGCGUCUUGCAUUCAUGGCUUCUCUACUGUUACAAGUCUGUUCUCCCCAACUCUGUGCUAUUAAAUCGCAUAAUACGCCUGUUCUCUUAUUAAAUAGACUCGAAGAGCUUUCCUGUACAUUUAGGCAUUGCUUGUCUGACCCAUAUAUGGUUAACCUCAUUAGUAAUGUACAUAUCUCUACGACUGAUGCCUACUUGUCUGACAUGAUGAGUGAACCAGAAUUACGAAAUUGUCUUUCCGCUAUUCCAUUCGUCAAAUUUAGUUCCAGCAUCUCUCCAAGCCACCCGAUGUUCUGGCAAUGUGGCAUUUCCCUGUCAAUCGAUAACGUACCAAAUAUACUUCGGCCAGUAGUUAACGACAUUGUUAUUGGUGUCAAAUCACUUGCACUUCUUAAAGCCAUCGCAUCUACUUUCGGGAAUGCAGAACUAUUGGCAACUUUUAAGUCCAGGCCACUUUCUAAAAAGUCAGAAAAGAUACCUGUGGAACCAGAGCCCUCGUCUAGUUUGUUGUCAUUUGAUGAUCCUGAGCUAUGUGAACUUGUUAAGGAUAUGCAAAUGUCUUCGUUUACGAAGGGCGACACUACUUGUGCAUCUGUGUCCAAGGAAACUGAUGACCUACCCCACCGAACUCUGCGAUGCCUCAGGGAAGAAAUGAAAGUUAUUUUACAGAAGGCGUCUGCCCACCUAUGCUCUUGCCUCUUGAAGGGACCACUGAUUGCUGUUGGCCAACUUGCGACUGAGAAGCGAGAUGACGAGUUCACACUUAUCUACGCACUUAAUCACAUUGCCGACGUGGCCCUCUUCCGCGCUGGCGAUCGGAUGUACGAGUUUUGCCGAGGACUGUUUUCGUCAUGCACUGAUGAUCAGUUUGACUUGGACAUUAACCGCCUACUUAAAUCACAACUUGGCCUCAUUUGCGGGGAAAAUUCUUGGAUGUAUGAGCGCAUUUGUAUUGUCGCGUGUGCCGAAGCCUCGCGAGAAUUUCUUCGUGGUGGCCCAUGUGGUUGCGAUGUAAUCAACUCGCUAACACUUCAAAUUGAAAUUCCCUGGCCGCUGAAUGUUGUGUUAACGGAGCAAGGUUUAGAUAUCUAUAACCGUGUAUUUAAGUUCCUGCUUAUGCUGAAACGUGCAAAGUGGGCCCUGGACAACGCCAGAUGCGCUCGCCCGGCAUGCAGUCACACACUAGCCAUUCUACGCUCACGCUUUCUUUUCGUAGUGAAUGGUCUUCACACAUUCAUUGCAGAUCACAUUGAGGCCGCUCACGCCAGCCUCAUGAAGGAGGAGGCACUGAUGGCAAACGGUUGCAACCUAGACACCCUCCUAGCUCACUUCUCCCGGUUUCUUACACGUAUUUCUCAACUGUGUCUGCUGGAGGACUCCGCGUCGCAGCAGAUCCUCAACCAGGCAAUUACGGGUCUCUUUGAAAUAUGUCUGCAGUUUGAGUUGCCUGAUGUAUCCGAAAGUAACCUGGCAAGCGAGUUCACGACGCGGGUCGCGUUCCUCAAGUCGAUGCUUUCGCAGGCCGUCGUUGAAGGCGGCCGAAGACAAAAUGUCAUUCCCUUGUUACAGAUUCUGGAGACAGCAAAUCGAUUCAACACUGAUAUGCGAACUCGUCUGCAUUUUAACCAGUGA